GAACACUAAUAAUACUAAUUGGUUACUAUCUGAUUAUGAGCACGGAGGACGAAAUGGACAAAUAUCUGAAUUCCAUCUUGAUAAUUGGCCAGAAAGCGCAUACAAUGGGUAUGACUAUAAGUUUGAUUUGUUUUUGGUUGGUAAAUUGUUUGAUCAAUUGUUCUUCAAUCUUUUCUCGAAUGUAAAAGAACUUAGUGACUAUUUGAAACAACAGAGAUUUAAUGAUUGUAAUGAGGUUUUAGCCCAUAAAUGGUUUUAA